AUCCCGACAAGGCAUUGUUUCUUGCGGGAUCUGUCUGCCCGACGUAUUGCACAUUCUGCACUCGAGCAUACGCCAUCGGAGGCGACACCAAGACGGUGAAAAAGAAGGCGUACAAGCCCGGGCGGCAACGGUGGGAUGAGAUCUUUGCCUACAUCGAGGCCAACCCAAAGUUGCAGGACAUUGUGAUCUCAGGCGGUGACUCGUUUUAUAUCCACCCAGAGAACAUUCGCAGCAUCGGAAACCGUCUCCUCAACAUUCCGCACAUUCGUCGAUUCCGUUUUGCGUCCAAGGGACUGGCGGUGGCUCCCAUGCGAUUCAUUGACGAGGCCGAUGACUGGACCGAUGCACUCAUUCAGGUUACACAGAGAGCGCGGAAGCUUGGCAAGUCUGUGGCCAUGCACACCCAUUUCAACCACCCCAAUGAGAUCUCAUGGAUCACGGAGGCGGCGGCGCAGAGGCUGUACACGGCGGGCGUGACGGUUCGCAACCAGACAGUGCUGCUAAAGGACAUCAACGACAAUGUCCCGACCAUGUCGAGCUUGAUCCGAAGGCUGGCCGACAACAAUGUCACGCCGUAUUACGUCUACGUCUGUGACAUGACCCAAAACGUCGAACAUUACCGCACGCCGUUGCAGACCCUGCUGGACAUUGAGUCCCAGAUCCGGGGUUCCAUCGCAGGCUUCAACAUGCCGCAGUUUAUCGUCGACCUUCCUGGAGGUGGCGGAAAGCGUGACGCAUGGUCCUUUGAUACUUAUGAGAACGGGGUCUCGACGUUCACGGCCCCAGCGGUCACAGCGGCAGCCGCUGAUCAUAUUGGGAGGCAGGAGCCACAGGUGUUCAAGUACUACGACCCCAUCAACCACAACGCCGUUAACGAUCUGGACGACUAGGGCUCAGCCAAUCCUGACAGAGAUAUGCCCAUAAUCCAGCGAGUUGGGAAGAGGCCGUCAACCCUGUAUUUUAUUUUAUCACACGUCUAAUCGCUACUCAGCACUUUUUUAUAGGGGGGAGGGUGGCUGGUUUCCAUGCCGCAGCGAUUGUCUACAGGUCGGG